GUGGGUAUCCCUUGGUGCUUUUGAAAAUUGCACAGCACUAAGUCACUUAAUUGGCAAAAGCCAUCAUAUAGAAAAUUUAGUAACUACAUGCCAAUAAGCAAGCCCAUACACAAGUGAAAUGAAUUUCUUAGUCACUGCUGUUCAUAGUGCUUAAUAUACUGAGUAAAGAUGGAGAUGACUUCACCUGGAAAUCUGUUGACUUAAACAACACAGAAGUGAAGGGCAUCCAAUUUGACUGUUUUGGAAAGACACUACAAAUGUAAGCUUAUUUAGAUUCACACGACCUGUUCCUACAUUUGACUGGAGUUUGGGCUCCACUGACUUUUUAUUGCUGCAUGGAGGAUCAAGUCCAUGGUAAACACCUGUGAAGUGGCACAUUAUCACAGUGCUGAAAGUUAGCAUUAUUUGGGGAAGUGCCAUCAAUUACUGAUGGAAAAGUAUUUCUAUUUAUUGUAAUUAAGGUUAUUAUGUUUCCUGUAUUUCUGAAUACUGGGGAGUUAUUAUGAACUGGGAUUUUGCAAGACUAUUUUUGGAUACUUUUGGAUCAUGGAAUAAUAAAAAUUCUAUGCACAAAUUAUUUUGUUUAAAAUCAGAUUUCCCUCUUACUGUUGUUGAUUUGUUUUGUCAAGUGAAAGGCGAAUUCAGAAAAGAGGGAAGUAGGACUGAGAAAAGGACAAUAUGAUCUUUAUUUUACUUCCUAAAGUUCAGCCUGUGGUUUUCGAAUGCUACUGAGAACAAAUUGAGAUUUUGAGAAAAAAUAAAAUUUAUGAAAUAGUAUUUUUUGCUUUUUAAAUGCUGCCUAUGAUAUUAUUAAGACCUUUAAAUAAACAAAGAUGGAAGCUAAAUCCUUAAUGGGAAAAUCUAGCAUUGAAGUUAUUUUUGGUUUUGGAGUUAAAAUUUUACUGUUUUAAACUUUUGGCAUCAGAUUUUAAAUACCACCAGGGGAUUAUUUGAAUGAAAGACAAAAGGAAGUACCUGGAGUCAUAGUCUAAGCCAUUGCUAAGCAGCCACUGACAGCUGCUUAGCUUGUAAUAGUUUGCUGUUUGAAGUACUAAAACAUUCAUAAUGUUUUUUUUGAGCUGAUAUUUUGUCAGUAUGUAUUGUAUUUGUUUUGCACUAUAAUUUUAAUUGUGCAUUUAUUUACAUCAGAAAUGUGAACAAAACUUGGAUUUAUGUAAUAUCUUGUUGGCCUUUGGACAGUCCAAAGAGAUUUUUGUCACCAUAACCAAAUGUGGCAGCUGCAUUUUACACAAUGACCCAGAAGUUGUUGGAACAGACAUCUCAAUAGAGUGCGGUAUAUAUUGGAUUUUGUUUUUUUAACGUCCCUCUAUCAAAUGAAAAUUUUGCACUGCAAGUGUUGUAAAUGCAAACUUAUAAUGGCGCAGCUUGUCAAAGGGAUCUAAAAACUCGUGGAUGCCAUUUCAGUGGUCUACCUUCAUAGCAAAUGAAAUAAAAGGACAGAGAAAAUAACUGAGCAAAUGGAAUAAAAAAAUGGAAAUAGGAUAAAUUACCAUAAGACAAAGGAGUGGAAGUAAGGCCAUUCAGCCCAUCGAGUCCACUCUGCCAUUUUAUCAUGGCUGAUGGGCAUUUCAACUCUACUUUCUUGCACUCUCCCUGCAGCCCUUGAUUCCUUGAGGUCAAGAAUUUGUCGAUCUCUGCCUUGAAGGCAUCUAACGUCUCGGCCUCCACUGCACUCCGUGGCAAUGAAUUCCACAGGCUCACCACUCUCUGGCUGAAGAAAUGCCUCCUCAUUUCUGUUUUAAAUUUACCCCCUCUAAUUCUAAGGCUGUGCCCACGGGUCCUAGUCUCCCCGCCUAACGGAAACAACUUCCCAGCGUCCACCUUUUCUAGGCCAUACAUUAUCUUGAAAGUUUCUAUUAGAUCUCCCCUCAACCUUCUAAACUCUAAUGAAUACAAUCCCAGGAUCCUCACUGUUCAUUGUACGUUAAACCUACCAUUCCAGAGAUCAUCCGUGUGAAUCUCCGCUGGACGUGCUCCUGCGCCAGUAUGUCCUUCCUGAGGUGUGGGGCUCAGAAUUGGACACAGUAUUCUAUUCUAAAUGGGGCCUAACUAGAACUUUAUAAAGCCUCAGAAGCACAUCGCUGCUUUUAUAUUCCAACCCUCUUGAGAUAAAUGACAACGUUACAUUGGCUUUCUUAGUUACGGACUCUACCUGCAAGUUAACCUUUAGCGAAUCCUAGACCAGCACGAAUUUUCUCACUGUGUAGAAAAUAGUCCAUGCCUGAAUUCUUUUAUUUCCAAAGUCCAAAACCUCGCAUUUGCUCAUUUUGAAUUUCAUCAGCCAUUUCCUGGACCACUUUCCUAAACUGUCUAAAUCUUUCUGCAGCUUCCCCACCUCCUCAGUACUACCCGCCUGUCCACCUAUCUUCGUAUCAUUGGCAAACUUUGCCAGAAUGCCCCCAGUCCCUCCUUCCAGGUCAUUAGUGUAUAAAGUGAACAGCUGUGGCCCCAACACUGAACCCGUUGGGACACCGCUUGUCACUGGUUGCCAUUCUGAAAAAGAGCCUUUUAUCAUAACUCUCUGCCUUGUCAGACAGCCAAUCCUCAAUCCAAGCCAGUAGCUCACCUCGAACACCAUGGGCCCUCACCUUACUCAGCAGUUUGAAUUACAUUUUCAAGUUACAUUUGAAUUAAGAUAGAAAGAUCAAAGGUGAAAUGGAUUAAAAGGAAAGAGAAGAAAAAUCAAUGUUCGAAACUUGAUGCACAAGUUACUACAACUCAAUUGUAUGUUAUGUUAAUGUGAGUAAUAACUGUUAGGAAGCUAAAUUUGUUACCUGUGCCUUAUGGGUCAAAGAUGUAAAUUGUGAUCUGAUUCAAAGGAGGAGGCGUAGGUAAUGCAGCAAAGUUUUUAGGUCUAUGAGCAUGAGACUGGGGUUCCAUUGUUCCCUUUCUGGACUUCGAGUUUAUCUGGUACAUCAGAAGCAUAAAUCGAGUUAUUAAACAAAUCUUUGAGACAUGAGCUGCCAAACCUAAAUAGCUUCAGUGAGAUUAAUUCUUAUUAAUAGCAUAUGUCCAGCAACUUCACAAUGCACGUGUCCACAGUGAGAUGUUUGUUUCAGUUCUGGCGAGGCAGAUGGCAGAGGAAAUCAUCCUGUAUUUUACAGUGAAUCAGAAAUUCUGGCUUAUUUCCCCUUCAAUUACAGGACAUUUUUAUGAUCUAACACUGAACAUCAUGAACUCUUUUAUUCUUCCAUUAUUUUGACAAAUUGUUUUUAUGUUUUUGCUGGGUUUGCUUGAGGGGCUGUGUUGACCAGGACUCUAGGAGAAUUCCUGACACUUCAACUCCUGCCGUUGGAUCUUUUAUGUCCAUUUCAACAGCUACUUGCUUGAUCUCACUAUGUUUUAACAAUGGCUGAUACUUCAACACACAAACAUUGAGCUGCAGACAAGGUUAUAUGAUACAACGUGGACUCUGCUUGAGCGUUAUCUGUGCACAAGUCAAUAUGGAACAACAGGCAGCUCCUACUAUCUUAUUGAAUGUGAUGGAUCAUAUACAAGUUUCUGAAUUGGAAGAUUCAGUGCUACAGAGCCUAAUAACCCCAAGCCCUCGAAGUGAAAUGGUUGCCCACGAAUUCCAAGAACUGACACUACAGCCAAAUCCACACCUACCACCUUUGAAUGAGAGGAAGAAUGUACUGCAAUUAAAGCUGCAGCAGAGGAGGACACGAGAGCAGCUGGUGGACCAGGGAAUUAUGCCACCAUUGAAGAGUCCAGCUGCAUUCCAUGAACAAAGGAAGAGUUUGGAACGAGCAAGGACUGAGGACUACUUGAAACACAAGAUACGAAGUAGACCUGAGAGGUCUGAACUGGUCAGAAUGCACAUAUUAGAGGAAACCUUGGCAGAGCCUUCUCUGCAGGCCACUCAGAUGAAGCUGAAAAGAGCCAGACUGGCAGACGAUCUGAACGAAAAGAUUGCUCAGAGACCAGGCCCGAUGGAACUUGUGGAAAAAAACAUUCUUCCUGUAGAUUCCAGUUUAAAGGAAGCGAUUAAAGUUGGCCAAGUGCAUUAUCCCAAAACUUUAGACACAUUCUCAUUUGAUGAUGACAGCAGUGACGCCUUAUCACCAGAGCAGCCAGGGAGCCAGGAGUCACAAAACUCAGCUCCUUCUCCAGGAGAAACCAAAGUGACAGAAUCAUCAUCCUCCUCCUCGUCUUCACCUGUACCGAACACUAUUAUUCAGUACCAUCCACAGCCGAUGCCUGACUUCCUCAAACCUGCCCCUCUGUCUGAUCAGCAAGGUAUACGCUCAGUCAGUACUACACUGACCACUAGUACAGCUGUCUCGACUAAACCUGCUCCAACCCUAAUUAAGCAAAGCCAACCCAAAACUGUAAAUGACAAGAGCCGGAGCAAGAAAAACAAGGAUCUGAAACCCAGAGUGAAGCAGCUGAAGUACCAUCAGUACAUCCCACCCGACAAAAAGCAUGAGAAAAUUGAACUUCCCAUGGACACAAACUACUCCCGGCUUCUGCAACAACAGCAGCUUUUCCUCCAGCUGCAGAUCCUGAGUCAACAACAGCAACACUACAAUUAUCCAGCCAUUCUGCCCGCACCACCAAAGUACGUAGAACAAACCAGGUCAUGUAAUGAUAACCAGCCAACUAGCAGCAUAACCACAUCCACUACACUGGCUAACUGUGCACCAGCAUUAUCAUCAUCUUCAUCACCAUCAUCAUCAUCAUCAUCAUAUGUCACACGGCACAACAGCACACCAUGCUGGAAGUUGGGAACUCUCCCCUCUAAUCUGGAUGAUAUGAAGGUUGCAGAACUGAAGCUGGAACUGAAGUUGCGAGGUCUCCCGGUCUCUGGUACUAAAAUGGAUCUUAUAGAGAGGUUGAAAUCAUACCAAGACUUGAGCAGUGCUGCCGUAGCGACGGCCUCCAACUCUACUGUUGCAAGAAAUCAGUUGACAGCAGCAUUUCCUAUUGCUGCUCUCAAUAGUGUCACGACCAUCACAGAAGCAACCGUAACAACAGCAUCAUGCAACCUCCAAUUCUAUGAAAAUGCAGGCUCUCCGUCUCCUACCUCUCCAGCUCCCUCAGAGCAAUCUAACAUCAGCACCGAUGAUAGCAAACUUACAGAUAUGUUUACUGAGCUGGUGACCAUGGUGUCUCCUUCGCAGCUCACAAUUCAUGCUUCGCCAGUGAAUACGGCUGUUAAUGAAGAUAGCACAGGGGUGAAUGUGGCAACAAACAGUUCUAAUCCUCAAGGUGCCUUGGCAAGUCUAGAUGCUGACGCUGCUGAAAAGGACCGAAAACUGCAGGAGAAGGAGAGGCAAAUCGUUGACCUAAAGAGAAAACUUGAGCAGGAACAAAAGUUGGUGGAAGAACUGAAGAUUCAAUUGGAGAUUGAGAAACGAUGUCAGCACCAACAAUCUGUGACUGUGAACCAGAAGCAAUUGGAAACUCCUGUCAAAGAGGAACACAAUCUCUCCAACUGUUCUAUUUCAAGACAGCCUGCAUCAGCACCCAAACAACCUUUGGGUCCAUCAGCCAUCACCAGUCUUGGCACAUGCAGCCAGAAUGCAAUGAAGCAAAAUGGUUUGCUUAUGAAGCAAGAAGGCUCGCUGGCAACAGCAGGGCAACAGAAUACAGUCUCUCAGUUUUAUGUAAACCCACCAAGGCAAACGCCGACCACAGUUAUUGCCCAGGCUCAGCCUCAUGCUUUACUGACCACUCAGACUGGAACCCAGCUUUUGCUGCCAUUGGCCAUCCAAGCACAGAAUGCACCCCCUUCCAGCGAGUCAAAGCAUUUACAUGCAGGAAAUGUUAAAUUACAGUCUCAUUCACAAAACCAGGUGCAGAUACCAAUAGCUGUUCCAACUUCUGCUCCAGUCCAAGCUUCAGGCUCUCAGAAACAGCCACAACCAGCAGAACCUGUGUCCCAACAUAGUUUGUCCCAGAACCCACCGAUUACAAAGGUUUUUACGUCUACAUCAACAACGAAUGUAUUUCCAAAUCACAUUCAAACAGCAGCAACAGUGCAGCAAUGUUUUAUAAACAGUUCAACAGGGAACGUGCAUCAUCCAAGAAUAAGCAAUGUUAACACUCCACUGAAUGGACCCAACUGUGUACGCAAGUCUGGACCAUCUUCUCCACAUCAGUCUCAACAACAGUUAGUAAUCCAACACCAAGUCUUCAGUAACUCUGUUUCAAAGGGAAAAGAACUCCCUCGAUAUGAGGAAGCAGUCAAGCAGACCCGCAGUUUAAAGCAGCAGGAGGUCUUCAAUGCACACAGCCAGCAAAUGGAUGAUCUUUUUGAUAUCCUAAUUGAGAGUGGAGAGAUUUCGCCCAUUGUAAAAGAAGAAUCAUUGCCUGCUACCAAGAUGAGAGCCGUUGUAGCCAACAUCUCUUCCUUACCCGUAAAUGCGGCAUUGUCUCGACCACCACCACGAGUUCAGAUGGCACCUCCUCCACUAUCCCUUGAAUCAGCAAAUGAUCUCUCAAUUGGUUCAGAAAAUCAACUUGAGGCCUUUCUGGAUGGCACAUUGUCAUCUGGUGCCAAUAUUCCUCAAGUGGCAGUCAGCCAAGAGGGCUCGGACUCCCUUCCUGGAAUGGAGGAUCUUCCAAAUGAUCUACUGAAUACACCCAGCAUUCUGGACCAGCAACAUGCUGCCAUGGACACGUGUGAUAUGCAUUUCAAUACAGAAAAUUCUUGCCUGAACUUGGACCUCCCAGACACUAAUUUGGACAAUAUGGAUUGGCUGGAUCUGACAAUGCCAGCUUCCACUACGGGACUCACUCCCAUUAAUAGUGCUGCUCCUAGUGUGUUUUCCACUGAUUUUCUGGAUGGUCAUGAUCUUCAGCUACAUUGGGAGUAAUACAACCAGGCUCCUGGUGGCAGCCAAACAAAAUCUAUAUGCUCUCUUAGUGUUGUGUGUCAGUUGUUAGUAAUGGUUAAUACUCUAAUGUAGUAACAAAACAAGCCAAGUUGAGAUUCUCUGGUCCAGUCCACUUUAUUGUCUCUAGAUAGAAGAGUGGGCAGUGACAAAAUGUGAUGAUUCAGGGCAAACUGACAAUCCUACAGUCGGGCCAUUUUGAGGCUUUGUAUUUUUGUGUAAUGUUUUAUCUGGUGUCAGUGGCAAUUAUUGUUCUGCUGAAAUGAAGAUUGAAAUUGAAGAGAAUUUCUUCUUCAUGGAAGUGGACUUUCCCGUAGGGUGGCCUGAGCCAAAAUGCAUGGUAUUGUGAAGUUUAUUACACUGGCUGGUUCAGUGACUUCUUUUUAUCAGUCUGGGUGAACUAUUCCAUUCUUUCGAAUACAGAAAUGUUUCUGAACUAGUUCAUCAUUUCCUACUUUGUACGUUUUGUUUCAGUGCUCUUUUCAUCCAUGUUUUCGUCCAUUUUAUUACACUAAGGUGAUGUGACUGCCCGGGUCCAGGGCAAAAGCCAUCCUGCAUAUAAUGAUCUCGGAUUCAGAGCCAGUGGUAAAUUUUGGAUGUAAUUGGAUCACUGUUAGUUCUGAAAAACCGUGUAUGAACCAAAUGUCAGCCAGAGGCUUUUCUCUUAUUUCAAGCAAGUAGCUUUUUUUUUGGAAUCUGUACAUUUCAGUACUGAUUAAUAAGCCUGUCUCUUAACAAUCCGCCUGUCAAUUUUUGUGUUUUAUUGUUUCCUUCAUUGUACAAAAGAUGGACAAAAGGCUGGACACUCUCUAACAGUUGAACCAAGCCUAAAGUGAAGAAUGAUCAAGAUAAGUUAUUGCAAUGCCAAACAUGUUCCCAUGCCUGUUUUUUUUUGUUAAAUUUAGAUCUGAUCCUUUAGUUGAACAGGAAGAAGAGUUUAACUUGUGCAUUUUUUAAAAUGUAAAACUGAGCCCAUUUAAUUAUUUUUGGAGGCUGUUCCAAACUGCACCAAUUAUGAGAGAAUGCAACAGUGCUAAUGUAUAUAUUCUUUCAUAAUUUGCAAAAUGCCAGUGCAGAGUUUGAAAUAAUAGCUUUUAAAGGGCCAUUUCUUAAAAUAAUGUUGAGAGCUGUGUUCAGUGGUUUACAAAUUUUAAGGUAUUGAAACACUUCAUGUUACUGCUGUGAUAUCCCCUGAUCAAGCUGCUUAAAAAAAGGACUUGCCAAACACUUGAAGAAUAGAAACAGUUUAAUGAUGGAAUGUGAUAUAAUAUUAUGAAAUGUGAUGUGUCCUUUUUAAAGGGAAUGAUUUCGCUUACCAACCAAAGUGUUUAAGGUGAAGAUUUUUAUUCAAAGGAAGACAGCAGUUUUAAAAUUGAAGCAGGGCUCAGCAUUUUGAGAAGGAAAUUGAAUUGUCUGUAUUUUACAAAAGUGAAUUAAUACAUUAGCACAAAGAAUGUAUAAAUUGAACAGAAAUCAUUGCCUUUACAGUACAGAUAUCUAUAAGCCAUUCAUCUUCAGAUGAGUCCGCAUUUACCAGACUAUGAAUGGUUAAUUGAUGCUAUCCUGUUCCAAUCUACUGUCAAUAAUGACUUAAUCUGAUGGUUAAUUUUAGAUAAUGAGAGAUAGUUUGGUCUUCUGAGAUGUGGUGCAAUCCAGUUUUUUAAAAAAAAUCUCAAAUUCGGAGUUUGAAUGUAUUUGUCUUUUAAAGUUACCUAAGUAUGGAUAGUCCCUGAUGGACUCCUUUCGAUUUGUUUGCAGUGAGGUGAUCGUUGAAGGAUUGUUGAUUAGGCCCAUUGCUGAAUAUUUAUUACAGUCCACUUUGUGGUUUUUGAUGGGAUUUUGGUGAAGCCAAGUAUCUCAGAGCAGACUGAAAGCCAAAUGUUUCUAAGAAUGUCUUAUCAAAUUAACAUUGAUUACAUAAUGGGCAUUUGUGUGUAAUUCUGUGCAGCCACUGAGACUUGAGGUCGCAUGUGCCAAAAGCCAAUAUUUCAGAGAUAGGAACAGCUACAAAAAAAACCCCAACAGCACCAAGGUAGCUGAUAGGUUUUUUUUUUUCUGUUUCCAACUUGCGUGAAAGUGUAUUUCAGCCUUGGGAGAGUGCAAAUUAAUUUCACAUUGAGAAAGUGUAUGGAUCCUUGCUGAUAGAUGGACACAUUGGGGUGAAUUUUGUCAAGUGGUUCAUAAUCCCAAUAUUGGCUCCAUUGUGGGUCAGGAACCCAGAAGUGACUUUGGCAGGAUGUCAGACACAAAAAGGUUUUACUUUUUUUUUUUCUGUUGCUGUGUUCAGCCAAAGGAACACCAGCAGCACCAGCCUACAUCAGUGGAGACAUCCAUAUCAGGCUUUCUGCUUGAGAAGAUCAGUUUUCCUGUUGACAGAUUAAUAAAAUACUCCAAAUGUUUUGUAUCUCCAAUAACUCCCUUUGUAUCUACUCCCAGGCUCCUGACCUGGGUGCAGACAAUUUCAAUUGAUGUUCAAAAUAAGGAGAUGGAGAAAAGUACUUGUGGGACUAAACCUGUCACAAACUUAGCCUGACACAAUUCCCUAGACAUUUGCACACUUCCCCCUUAUCUCCAAAUUCAUUUCCAUGGGUCUGGAAAAAUGUGGCGCAUCACGUCAGAAUAAAUAGCAUUUAUUUGGACGUCUACAGUAGGUCCCAGUAACUACACAAGAAUACUUACAAAUUUACCUUUGCCUGCUUUAAAAAAAAACAGCAAUUUCCACAGACUCAAGGAAUAGUUCUUUUUUUAAAAAAAGAAAUAUGAAGGGAUCUUAUAUUUUUGUGCCAGAAUAUAUUUUCUAGUUGUCGAUGGAUUAAUUUCCCAAAUUCAGUGACAUUAAAAAGGUCAUAUAGUCAGUUUAUUUUGGAGUUAUGAAUGGCCCUUUGUUUGAAAGGGAUAGUGUGUUUAAAUAUUUGUAAAAAUGAAGAAUAAGAGCAGACUGUCUAUUUCUAAAUUAAACUACCCAACAAUAAAUCCAAAGCAGUGGAAAUUUGAUUAGAUUCUGGAUGCUAGUUGUUGAUUUUUGUGAAUAAGGCAGUUUGUCAUUGAACUGCAUUGAAAUAUAACUUUUGCCAAAUGGAAGCCGAUAAUGAAAAAUAAAACUUUGUGAUAAAUGGAAUGAAGUAUAUAUUUUGCAAAGUAACUGUGUUGGUUUCAGAAUUGUAUGUUUUGGGGAAAUCAAGGGGUGUGGAUUUGCCUAUGAUCCUGGAAAGUAAACUUUUGAUAAUUGGUUACCAAAGAGAGAAAUUUAGUUUUAUUCCUGAGUAAGUUGAGUACACCUCUGCAGUAGGUCACCUUUUAAAGUCAACAUUAAGGGCAAGUUUACAUUUUGUAGGAGAUGCUUUUCAGGGCUUUGUGUGUCUUGGCGUCUCAAUUUCUUUUGGUGACAAGUCUCAAAUCUUGUACAUUUUACCACAGGUUAUUUCGUAUAGCAUUUGGGGGUCCAGGAAGAAUGUAAUGUGUGUUGUUCUUCUAUAUCAAACCAUGAUGCCUUUGUAAUAACUAUUUGCACCUGUGAGAAAUUCCAUAUCAUGUUCAAAUACCAUUUGUUUUGCACAUUUGUAUAUAUGUGAUGCAUAUUUUUUAUAUGUGAGUACAUUUAUCUGCAAAAGCCUUGUAAAUAUUAGCAAUGUUGUAGUUACUGAUGAUUAUGUAUCUCAGCAAUUUUGCAUUACUGCUGUGUUUCAAUAAAAUGUUAAU